UCACGAGCCGAGGCCCCAUCUGUCUCCCCUCUCUCUCCCCCCACUAUCCACCAUCCCUCUCUAAUAAUACCCUCCUAUUCCUCCACAGAAAGGAAAAGGACACGCAGAAGCUGCCAUUGAUGUCCAUUAAAAGCUUCCGGAUCAUGGAGAAGCAAUCUCUGACAUCUCCCCCGUGAUUAAUCCCCCAUUCUCUCUCUCUCUCUCUCUCUCUCUCUCACUCUCACUCUCACUCUCUCUCUCACUCUCCAUUUUCAAACCCCUUCUCUGCAACUGUGACCACUUCCUCGGUAGAAAAGAAAAGCACAGCAUCACCACGCCCAUAAACAAGAAAGUAAAAGCCCCACCUUGUCCUCUUCUCUUCUUCUCCUCCGCUCUUCUUCCAGAGAAAACCCUUCUCUGCAGAGAGAGAGAGAGAGAGAGAGAGAGAAGCUGAGGACUUGUCAAAUGGGUGCUCUGGGUUUGCACUGUUUCGCGUUUUCUUUGCUUUUGACGGCGGCGUCGGUCUUCCUUGCCGGAGCUCAAGCAAAGACGGACCCGGGAGACGUGGAGGUCUUGAAGCAGCUCAAGAACUCGGUGGACCCCGCCUCAGUCCAGCCCGGGUCGUGCCUUGGCUCAUGGGACUUCGCCUUCGACCCCUGCGACAGCCUCUUCAGCGACCGGUUCACUUGCGGGUUCCGCUGCGACUCGGCCGAUUCGUCCGGCUCGGCCCGGGUCACCGAGCUCGCCCUCGACCAGGCGGGCUACUCGGGCUCCCUCUCCGCCGUCUCCUGGAGCCUCCCUUUCCUCGAGUCCCUCGACUUGUCGGGCAACUCGUUCUCGGGCCCCGUUCCGGGCUCGUUCUCGAACCUGACCCGCCUGGCCCGGUUCACCCUGUCCCGGAACUCGUUCUCGGGCCCGAUCCCGGGCUCCCUCGGCCGCUCCCUCCCCAGCCUCCAGGAGCUCUGCCUCGACAACAACGCGAUCGAGGGCUCGAUCCCGGAGAAUUUCAACUCCCUCUCGGGCCUGACCCGGCUCGAGUUGCAAUCAAACAAGCUCGCCGGAAAAUUGCCGGAAUUGGGCUCCCUGAAGGCCCUCAGCUACCUUGAUUUGAGCGACAAUACCCUCUCCAGCAAAAUCCCGUCGGUCCUGCCGCCGACUCUUGUCCAGAUUUCCAUGAGGAACAAUCUCCUGGAGGGAACAAUCCCUCCGACCCUACAAUCCCUAACCUACCUGCAAGUCCUCGAUCUGAGCCACAACCGGCUUGGCGGUGCCGUCCCCGCAGCUCUCUUCGCCCAUCCGUCGCUCCAGCAGCUCACAUUAUCGUUCAACAGCCUCGACUGGAUCGAGGCCCCCAAUGCAUUGGGCCUGCAAAGCGAGCUCAUUGCGGUCGACCUGAGCAACAACAGGAUCAGGGGGUUCCUGCCCCUAUUCAUGUCCCUGAUGCCGAAGCUGUCCGCGCUAUCAGUGGAGAACAACCUGAUGUCGGGCAUGAUCCCGACUGAGUAUGCGAUCAAGGCAGCCAUUCCCGGCCCUGGAGUGGCCCAGCUCAGUCGGCUGUUGCUAGGCGGGAACUACCUAUUCGGGCCGAUUCCGGGACUGUUCUUGGGGCUGAGCCCGGAAUCCGUCAUGAACGUGAGCUUGGCAGACAAUUGCCUGUACAGGUGCCCGGGCAGCUUCUUCUUCUGUCAGGGAGCGCUUCAGAAGUCUCUAGCGGAGUGUAAGCGGUUCGGGCCGAUGAUUCCCUGAGAAUUAUGUCUGUAGUGUAAAUAAUUUUUCGAGUAUUAUGCAUAAUAAUGUAUCGGCAGCAUUGUAAACAUCAGUUGUCUGUCAAGUAUCAAUCGAGCCCGAAGAUUUUGAGUUGUGAACGAUAAUCGAAUCUUCAUUCACAACUCUUCCUUAUA